AUGGCUUACCAGCAAUACGAUCAAUAUGGUCAACAACUCGCUCAAUACGGUAGCAGCAUGGAUAAUAAAACAACCUUAUGGAUGGGUGAGCUUGAGCCUUGGAUGGAUGAAAACUAUAUCAGAACUGUUUGGUAUCAAUUAGGUGAACAAGUUAACGUGAAGUUUAUUCGGGACAAGUUCACAGGACAAAAUGCGGGUUAUUGUUUCGUUGAUUUUGUUAGUAAUGCGGCAGCCGUUAAGGCAUUAAGCACAGUUAAUGGUACGCUUAUUCCAAAUACUCAACGAGUAUUUAAGCUUAAUUGGGCUUCAGGUGGCGGUUUAACUGAUCGAAAGGAUGAUCGAGGUCCAGAAUUCUCUAUUUUUGUAGGUGAUUUAGGACCUGAGGUUAAUGAAUGGAUGUUAGUGACUACUUUUCAACAACGAUAUCCAAGAUACGGAUUUGUUCGUUUUGCUGAUGAGGCGGAACAACAGCGUGCUCUCAUUGAAAUGCAAGGACUAUUCUGUGGAAAUAGACCAAUGCGCAUCUCAACGGCCACUCCAAAGAAUAAAACUACUGGCAUUCAGACUCCCUUUUUCACUCAACCUGCACAACCUAAUCCAACUUUGAAUCAGUAUAAUGAUCCUAACAAUACUACCGUUUUUGUUGGUGGAUUAUCAGGUGUUAAUAGUGAGGAUGAAUUAAGAAGUUAUUUUGCCGGAUUUGGUGAAAUUACUUAUGUCAAGAUACCACCAGGCAAAGGUUGUGGCUUUGUUCAGUUUGUGCAUCGUCAAAGUGCAGAAAUGGCAAUUAAUCAAAUGCAACAUUACCCAAUCGGAAACUCACGCGUUCGACUGUCCUGGGGAAGAUCACAAAAUGACAAAACUGCAAUAACGACCGCCUAUCGGAAUCCUCAGCAAGCCAGUCCUUAUAAUCCCUUGGCUGGAAUGACAUCAGCCACCGCCUAUUCCUCUUAUCCCGCAACUACUCCUGCAGUCACAACACCUGUCGCAACGGUACCUGCUCCGAUCCCUCAAGUUACUGUUGAUCCAUUAGAACCGAUUCCUGUUCAGCGUAUGAAUGAAAUGUAUAUCUCUAACAAGGAAGGUCUAAUUGAGAGAUUGGAUACAGAUGGAAGUAGUUGGAGAGGAAUCUAUGCACAAUAA